AAUUUUGAAACAUAUUUACAAUGCAAAUUUUGAUAUUAGAUCAAUCUUUAGAAUCGCUGGCAGCGUGGUUAACCGCAGAGUUCCUUAGGAAUUCCUCGCCCUUAGCAUUGCUCUCAUCUGUUACGCGCGACACAAAUUGGAAUCCAUCAGCUUCCUUUGAAGAACACAACGGAUACAAGUGUGUAAAUACAUUGUCACUAUCAUGUGAGAAUUUCGAACAAAAUGAUGGAGAUUUUCACGGGUUUUUAGAGAGCAUUUUUGGAUUAAACCCCGAAGCAUGUGACACUUCAACCGUCAAAAGUACAAAGGCUAUAAUUGUGCAAGCACAAAAGGAUAUACUUGUUAGGCCGUUGUUAUUAAUCGUAAAUAGAAACAAUUUGGAGGUCUCCCCAAUUUUCGGAAGUGACAGUAUAUUGAGGUACUACCUAGAAAAUCAAACAUCUACGAUUAAUGGAAAUAAUAUACUUCUGAACAGUGAACAGGUUAAAAAUCAUUUCGAUUGGAAAUCCUGGUCUUCAACAUUAAGAACAGUCUGCCGAAAAAACAAUUCUGACUUAGCUAGAGGACUUCUGUCAUCUUUAAAUGCCUUUUUAACAUCAAAUAUAGAUCUUAUUUGUUACGAUAUCAUUGGUUCGGCGAUAAUUACAUUGUCCAUUCUGUGGUUUAAUGGCAAGAUUGAGGCUUUAGGAUUACGUUUAGAUAUGUUUCCUUCAAUUCCCCCUUUUAUUCACAAUGUUUUAACAAAAACAUCUUCUUUGAACAAAGCCAGGUGCUUACAUUUGUUUUACAGGUCCAUGGAAACAUCUAGAAGUCACGUGAAUGGCAAUGGCGCAUUAAAAAGUUUAUCUGACGUCUCUAGAGAUUUAAUUGGAAAGAAAUAUUAUAUCACUACUGCUCUUUCAUACACAAAUGGACCUCCUCAUAUCGGACACACGUAUGAGAUCGUUACCUCUGACAUUAUUUCACGUUUCUUUAAGGUUUUUGGUAUGGUACCAAUCCUUUUAUCAGGUACCGAUGAGCAUGGACUGAAGGUUGCCACAACAGCCGAAAGCUACGGAAUGUUUCCUAUUGAACUAGCCGAUUAUUAUUCAGCAAAGUUUCACGACAACAAUACUGACUUGCUUACAGCCACGCAUAUUUUUGUGAGAACUACGGAGCCACGUCAUUAUAAAUCAGCGCAAAAAAUUUGGCGUAUUCUUCGAGACCGUGGUGAUAUUUAUCUAGGUGAAUACAGUGGUUGGUAUAAUGUUCGUGAAGAGACAUUUCUAACGGAAGUCGAAGCCGCUGCUACUGACUAUAAAGACCCCUUAUCCGGCAAACCAUAUACUUUAAUGAAAGAAUCCAGCUAUUUCUUCCGUAUGAGCAAAUAUCAAGAUAUGUUAAUUGAAAAGCUUAGCAGUGAUCCUGCUUAUUUGCAACCAGACUCAGCAAGGGCUGAAAUUCUAAGUCGUCUUAAAAAGCCUUUGGAAGACUUAUCAGUCAGCCGUUGCAAUUUUAAAUGGGGAAUACCGGUACCAGAUGACCCUUCCCAUGUAAUGUAUGUAUGGUCCGAUGCAUUGACGGGUUAUCUGAGCGGCAUUGGUUUUGGUGACUUUGACGAUAUAUCCCAACUGAAACUCUGGCCUCCAGACUUACAGGUCAUUGGAAAAGACAUCAUAUGGUUUUUUGCUGUGAUAUGGACAUCUAUUUUGAUGUCUUUGGAGGUUCCGCUACCCAAAACCAUAUUUGCACACGGGUUCAUCACUGCUGCCGAUGGGCGGAAGAUGAGCAAAUCUCUUGGGAAUGUUGUCAACACCAAAGAAUUGCUUGAUAAGUAUGGUGUUGAUACAUUACGAUAUUAUAUGAUUCGUGACUCUGUCUUUGGAUCUGACGUCAAGUUUGACCUUUCGUCAUUGGCCGAUCUUCACAACAGCGAUCUUACGGAUACUAUAGGGAACCUCUUACACCGCAUUACUACUUUAUGCGUAAAGUUUUCUAAUGGGUGUAUUCCGCCACUAGCUUCAAAGUCAGCUCCUCGCCCAUUUUGCAUGGUAGAUGUCGCCAGGAGGACUUUAAGUCAUUUACAACGUUUUGCCCUUCAGGAUGCAUUAGUAACAGUGAUUGAGGCUUAUAGAGACACGAACAAGUAUCUCACCGAUCGUGAACCAUGGGCAAAAGGAUCCGUCGAUACACGCUUAGACACUAUACGCAACGUGCUUGAGGCGAUAUAUUUCUUAAACCACUUAAUGGAACCAGUUAUUCCAUUGGCUUCCAGUGUGGUAUUUAAAAAGUUAGGCACCGAAAAGCGAGAUCAUAUAGGAUUUUUAUCGUCUGAUUACGACAACUUGACGGAGGGAACUAAGGUUGUGGUAGGGGACAUUUUGUUCCAGAAGGUAGAGACGUCGGCGAAAAUCACAUAGGUGUUUUAAGAAAUCGGAAAGCGUUCUGCAGAGAAUUCGAGCACCAUGUUUGUUUUUGUAUUUUCCUAUAAUUCAUCGCAACAUUAGCGCCAUCGACGGACAAUGGUGGCAAAAUGCCCAAUCAUUGGUUGUUACGGAUUAUUUGAAUAAGAGGCAAAAUUGGCCAAAUGUGUUCUAACACGUACGAAAUGAUUGAACACUCGUUUGUUUUAUAACGUGUUUCAUCAUUAAUUUCUACAGCAUUUACCUCUAGUAUUAUUACAGUGCUAUGUUGCUAUGUAAUAAGAACAUGGAGCUCUUAGACUCCUUGGAGUCGUGUCUAGAUCCUAU